ACACUUUGAAGGUUAUUAGAUGGCGGUUACCGUAGAAGCGUGGGAACGGGUCAAAGCCGAAUUCUGUAGAAAUUAAGCUAGCGUUCUAAACUGUCAUUCAGUAAUUAUAUUUAUAUAAAAUGUUGAAUAAAUGUUUUGUGUUCGUACAGCUGUUAACGAGUGACAUGCUCUAGACGCUAAAAACUGUGAUGAAUCCCUGGCCGAUAAGGGGGUGAUGCUUCAUACUGCGACAGUUUGCACAGAAGAUGGAUGCAAGAUACGCUCUUCCAGUUUUAAUUGGUUUGACUGUGACAGGGAUUUCAGCUGCUUAUUUGGUGUACUUACUUCUCAGAAGGGAUGAAGAUGAUUUCAGUGCUUACAUGCAGAGGGUUAGAACUUCGCGACCUGCAGUGAUUGAAGUCAAAAUUCCUAAGGAUUGUGUCGGUGUUGUGAUCGGUCGUGGCGGAAACUCUGUUAAGGACAUUCAAGAGAAAACUGACACAAGAAUAAUGUUUAAAGAUGAAUUGGGAAACGAUCAGUAUCGAAUUUGUGUCAUUCAGGGCAAUCGAGAAGGCGCACAGCUUGCAGAGUCCCUUAUUCACGACAUCAUCUUGAACCAGCCUCUGAUUGAAAGCCAUGAGAUGUUUGUGCCACAGCGUGCAUGUGGGAGAAUAAUAGGAAGAAAUGGAGAUAACAUUCGCAGCAUCUCUCGAGCUUCCAAUGCAAAGAUCAUAGUGGAGGGAAGCAGUGGUGAAGCAAGAGAGUUUGUUGCAGCUCGCAGAGUAAUAAUCAAGGGAACGACUGAACAGAUUGCACUGGCCAAGUCACUGAUUGAAGAGAAGGUGAUGGAAGAUAUCGAGGUGAGAGAGAAAAUUCACGAGAGUCUGGAAAAACGGUCUCCCCGUAAGAAGACAGGUCCACAGUACCUCAUGUUAGCUGAUGCAGUUGAGGACGAGCAGACACAGCGGCAUAAUACUGAAUGUUUGCUGGACACAGGAAAGGAUGGGUUCCUAGAAGUGUAUGUUUCAGCAGUGGAGCAUCCUGGCCGUUUCUGGGUACAGGUUAUAGGCCCCAAAGCUGUUGAACUUGAUCACUUGGUGGAGGAAAUGACUGAAUUCUACAAGCAAGAGGAAAAUCGUGAGUGCCACACUCUCAGAGAGGUGGUGGUGGACCAGCUGGUGGCAGCUCCAUACAGCCAUGAUGACAAGUGGUACCGUGCCAGAGUGACGGGGGUGACACUGGAUGACUAUGCAGCUGAAGAGAGCCAGGUAUCCCUGUACUACCUUGACUAUGGAGACUCUGAUACAUGUCAAAAGAAACAGCUUUGUUCCCUGAGGGCUGACUUUUUGAAGCUGAGGUACCAGGCCAUUGAAUGCUCCCUUGCGAAGGUGAAACCAAAAGAAGGGGGCUGGGCAGAAGAAGCCACAGACUUGUUUGAAGACCUGUGUCACGUGGCACAAUGGAGGGCGCUUAUGUCCCGUGUAGAUUCUUACAAGGAAAGGGAGCAGUGUGAACGAGAAGGCAGCCCUAUCCCUGUCGUGGAUCUGUAUGACACAAGUGGAGCUCAGGAUAUCUGUGUGGCAGAGGAGCUGGUUAAGCAAGGGUAUGCAAUGUGGGAGAAAGGUCAGAAAGAAGAGCAGCAGAGGAUUGUGGGCAAGCAGUCACAACAGCUGCAUACAGACAGUAGUGAAGAUGUAUUACCUGGGAAGAAAAAUGAUGUCGUAAAUGAUGCUGCUGGCGGACAGAACAGUACGGCAUCUGGAAACUGCAAAAAGAUGAAGUCUGUGGCUCCAGAUGCUGCCAGCUUUCGAGCACCUGAAGGCUUGUGGGACGAGUAUGACAGUGAGGGUGGGCUGGAGAUGGGCUAAUUUCACGUCAGCAGUCGGCAGAGGCAACACUAGCUUCAGUGCAUAUUGAAGCAAAAGAAAUAUGUUCUGUGUAUAUUUAAGACACUUAGACCUGCGCAAAAGUUGAUUAGAUAGUGUUUGCACCCAGGCUGUUUUCUCCCUAAAUGACAAAUAUUUGGAACCAUUUUCCUAAACACCGCUUGAUGUAUCAGUAUUUCAGACAUUUUUCUUUUUCACCUAUUGCAUAAAUUUUCUUGCUAACAGUUCAUGGCAGUGAAACUGGUUAAUACAGAGGUUCUCAAUUAUUUUCAUAAAUAAUACAACAAAGUAUGAAAAACAAUCAGAUUUGAGGUUUCAUAUGGUGAGUGUUAAGAUUACGGCAUCAAGGGAUGCGGUACCAUGUCAUUUGAUAGAGGUAUAGCCAUUCACCACACUAAACAGCAUCUCAUUCCAGAAGGCUGUAAUAUCAUAAGUAAAUAAAUCUAAGGUGUUAUCAUCAA